CUGGUUGAUGGGGAAAAAAGCUAACUUGGCGGUUGGCUUGAGUUAGCAAACAAACCAUGUAGCCAUGUGAAGCGAGUCAGGAACCGAAUAAAUGAGUCGAAGUGGAUGUCAGAUAUCAGAUGGAAGCUGUUGGUUUUCAUGUUCUCGUGUAAAAUAUGCGCCGUAGGCGUGGAGAAACAGCAUGAACGCCGGGAGGAAGACGUGCAGCUCGCCGCCGGAGGAGAACCCUGAACAGUCUGAGAGAGUGAGAAGAACCGAGAGCAGAUUAAAGAUAAACAGACUGAAGAGGAGCCCGAAAACAGAGACCCAGAGAUCCCAGACCCAGAGAUCAGACCUUAAUAACUCCACAGCUGAAAAUGAUUUCAAAACACCGACCCGGGUCCCAAAGCUGGGCUUCAGGAGCGCCGUUUCUGACGAAUCCCCAAACUACGAUUCAGAACUUCAGCAUGAAAUCAUCUGGGAUCCGACGUCACCCGCGACUCCCGUCAGGAACGGGCGGGGCCGGAGGAGGACCGCCGCUUUCAAGUCGGUGGACAUAUCCGACAUCGUCAACAGGAUCGCGCCGAAGAACAAGAGGUCGGAGGAGGCGGAGUCGACUUUGCUGCAGUGGAUUGGAGACACGGCUGUUCCGUGUACUCCAGAAAUCCGACAGCCCAGGACCAAGCCCAGACCACCAAGACAAAAUCCAGUGGAGGACCUGCUGAAGUUAGCGAAGCAGUUCGAUUUCAACAUGUUCCAGCAAGAGGAAGCUCAUCUUCAUCCAGACCCUCAGAGCUCUGCAGAAGCCAUGCGGGAAGGUGAAGAUCUGUUUUUCGAUGAGGACGACCCACUGGCUUCACCACAGAGGCGCUCUGAAGCUGAGAGACCACCCCUGGGUUUGGAGGACACCAAAACGAACCAGGACGAAGAUCCUCCGGACGAUCAGGGUCUCAUACAGGAUAUGGACGAUGAUCUGGAUUUGCUCUUCGAUGGUUCCACACAGCAGAUCAGCGGCGGCCUGAGCCAGGGUUUCAGCGCUCGUUCUCAGGAUGCGGUUACGUUCACGCCACAGGUUGGAGCGAAAAUAGACUCAGUAAAGAGUGUCACUCGAGUGGGUGGAGCUUCACAAUCGAGCACAGUUAGUGUGCGUGUGGCCGCACCGACGCUCAGACUUGGCGCGAUCAAGCAGGUAGGAGCGGCUGAUGAGUUUGAUGACGAUUGGAACAAUGACGAUUUGCUGGACGACUCGCUGGUGAUGGAGAUGACCCAAAACCCCGAGCUGUUCUCCGCACCUCAGUGCAGCUCUACGCAGAAACAGAUGAACGAAAGCAAGGUUUUCCGCCGGAAUGAUGAGGUAGAAUCAAAGUCUGGAAAAUCGCAAAGGUUCAGCCAGAGACUUGGCAAGGCUACAGGAAAUGAGAAUGUUCGGAAAAGUGGAUCUAAUUCAAAAACACAGGUUUUUCCUUCCAAUAAAGUUCCUUCAAUGGUUCCUGGUUCCCAUAGUGUCUCUCAACCCAAGAAACCAAUGGAAAACCAACAACGAUUAGCAACCACUAGUGCUAACUCCACAUGGAGUUCCUCAUUAGUUACCAGAUUGUACACAUCUAGAUCUGUUCCUUCAACCGCUUCAGAGACCGCUCCCACUUUCAGGAUCAAUAAAAUCACUAAGGAGAAGGAAAACCCCCCAACCGUGGACGACAAUGUCCUCUGUGACAUCGCAGCUGAGGACCUGGACUCCAUCUUUGCGUCAGAUGACAUCUGGGACGACGGUGCGGACGAUGACGACCUGUUCUGCGAGGUAUGCGAGAAGGUGGAAGAAUCCAUGGCUGAACCGGAACCUCCUCCGAAACCAUCUGUAUCAAAGCCGACACCACAGAGCAGUCAUGUCCAGGGUACUCAAAACACCACAAGUAAACGUGAGAGCAGGUUUACACAGCCGUCUCCGUCUAACCCUCGGGUUUAUAACCACGGCGCUCCUGGGAACCGAGCACCGUCCAGUACUGAAGCUCUUCCUGGAGCACAUCAUAACACUUCAGCACCGAAUAACAGCACGGUGACAUCAUCUGAGAGAACAUACAGGUUCAGCCGUGUUAAAAGCAUUACAGGAACAGGAAAUGACACCUAUAACGCAGCUAGGCAGGUUAGUGAGAGCACCAUGGCAACCGUCCGCCAAUCGUAUCAAAGAAUACAAGAUGACCACAAGUUCAAAAAGCCUUAUAGCACCUUUAAUGCGGCUCCAGCUGUUUCCAAAGAUGUGAGUAAAGCGGUGGUGACGAGAUGCAGUGACGCCGAGAUCGAGAGGAAGAAGCAGCAGGCCAUGGAGAGGCGGAGACUCCGAAUGCUGGCCAAUCAGAAUCUUCAAGCUCCUGUAUGACAUCAUGUAACCACGAAAACGCACAAAACUGACCUGGUUAUGGUGACAGGUCCAAACCGUGCAACACUCUGAGCACUAAUUUGCCCUGUGAGGGGGAUGAAAGUGCGGAGCGGACCUUCUCACGGUCAGGCGGUCUGAACAGAAUCUCUAACAGCUGAGUCUCAGCAGGGGCUCGUCAGCUGAAGGCGUUCUGCUCCGGACCUCAGAAAUCCACACUGUAGCUACAGGAAAUCAGGUCACGUUUAGUCAUUUUGCAGAACAUCUGUCACUCUGGCACUUUUGAAUGGUUGCAGUGUUCGUCUGUAGCGAUCGGCUUUGGGGUUUAUUCCUGAAGAAACUGGUCCUGAGGACUUCCUAUUUGUUUGUGUCUUGUAAAAAUGUCUUAUUUUUGUUACUUCGUCACUCGUAGUGAAGUGGAUAAUAUUUUAAUUCUGUUUUAUUUCCAUUCUAUUAAAAUUAUCAGGAAAAAAAACAAUUUCCCAAGUACAGCAAUUAUUAACUUCCUAAACUAUGGUAUGUAGAAGGAGAUCACUUUUACUUCCACAGAGGCCACACCUCCCUUACUGAGACUGACAGAGGCCAUGCCUCCUUCACUGAGACUGACUGACAAAAGCCACGCCUAGGGCCUGCUUCACUGAGACUGACAUGCACAGGCCACACCUCUUUCACUGAGAUUGACACUCAGAGGCCACGCCUCUUUCAGGAAUACUGACACACAGAGGCCACUCCUCUUUUACUGAGAUUUACAAUCAGAGGUCACACCUCCUUCACUGAGACUCAGAGAUGCCUCCUUGUCUGAGACUGGCUGACAGAGGCCCUGCCUCCUUCACUGAAACUGACAUACAGAGACCACGCUUCAUUCACUUAGGCUGACACACAAAGGCCACACCUCCUUCACGGAGACUGACAUGCAGAAGCCACGCCUCCUUCACUGAGACUCAGAGAUGCCUCCUUCUCUGAGACUGAGUGACAGAGGCCACACCUCCUUCACUGAGACUGACACACCGAGGCCAUGCCUCUUUCACUGAGAUUGACACUCAGAGGCCACACCUCUUUCAGUAAUACUGACACACAGAAGCACUCUUCUUUCACUGAGAUUGACACUCAGAGGCCACACCUCCUUCUCUAAGACUGACACACUGAGGCCAUGCCUCUUUCACUGAGAUUGACACUCAGAGGCCACACCUCUUUCAGUAAUACUGACACACAGAGGUCAUGCCUCCUUCACUGAGACUAACUCACAGAGGCCACGCCUCCUUCACGGAGACUGACAUGCAGAAGCCACGCCUCCUUCACUGAGACUCAGAGAUGCCUCCUUCUUUGAGACUGGUUGACAGAGGCCCCGCCUCCUUCACUGAGACUGACACACAGAGGCCACACCUCCUUCACUAAGACUGACACACUGAGGCCAUGCCUCUUUCACUGAGAUUGACACUCAGAGGCCACACCUCUUUCAGUAAUACUGACACACAGAGGUCAUGCCUCCUUCACUGAGACUAACUCACAGAGGCCGCGCCUCCUUCACCAAGACUCGCAGAGGCCACUCCUCCUUCACUAAGACCGACACAGAGGCCAUGCCUCUUUCAUUGAGACUGACACACAGAGGCCACGCCCCCUUCACUGAGACUGAUUCAUGGAGGUCAUGCCUCCUUUGUUGCAACUGACAGACACAAAGGCCACACCUCCUUUACUUCAGUUUGGCUUAGUAAUAAAAGUGCAAUGUGUAGUGUUCUGAGGUCUAAUGUGCACAAAUUGCACGUUUCAGACGUUUUCAGGUGCAGUAACUCGGGUUGGAGUGACGUGAGCAGAGGUAGAUUCAGGUGAGAUACAGCGCCUCUCUCUUUCUCUCCCACUACUGAGCUCACUGACACCUGUGUGACUGCAGCACACCUGAAAGAUGACUCCUGUUGUUAUCAGGCUGCAGGGAGGUAACUGUAGACAGCACUGUUUAAAACACACACAUCCCUGUGGCCAUGUCGUCAUUUCAUCUGUCUGAAUGGCAGUGCUGGUAACACUGCGCCU